UCAGAAGUAUAAAUUAUGUAAAUUCUGUGAAGGUGUGCUAGCUUUGUGGUUUUAUCACCUAGCACACAACAUUGUGCAAUCUCAUAAUAAAAUAAUAUCUCGACUCUUUGUGUAUAUUCAGCUGCUUGCACACCAGGCAAAGAACCCUGCUUUUGGGGCAUUUUCUGGCAACCCAGAAGGGACAUGCUGACUGCCUUGCCUGGUUCAUCUUCACACGUUUGCUGGGGAGCAGGACACUGUCUGGACUCCAGCACACACCGACGGUGUUUGAUCGGGGACUCCAGUGGUUCCAGCUCCACCUCAAUGCGCUAAGCAACACAAAUGAGCAAUGCCAUAGAGAUAUCGACAACAGAGAGUAACGAGUAGGAUCGCUAAAUAUAAAUGAUAUCUAAAUAUUACCAGGAAAUACGUUAUGAGGAAGAAAAAGAGAAUAAAUGGGAAAAAGAGGAAAAAGAGAACAAAUUAUGAAAGAGACUAUGGAAAUAAUGUUAGACAAAAAGCAAAUUCACGUGAUUUUCUUAUUUGAGUUAAAAACGGAUGGUAAAGCAGCGGAUACAACUCUCAACGUCAACAAGGCAUUUGGCCCAGGAACUACUAAGGAACGUAUAGUGCAGCAGUGGUUUCACAAAGGAGAUGAGAGCCUUGAAAAUGGGGAGCAUAGUGACCGGUCAUGGAAAGUUGACAAUGACCAAUGGAGAGCAAUCUUCGAAGCCGAUCCUCUUACAACCACAUGUGAAGUUGCCAAAUAACUCAGUGUUGACCUUUCUACAGUUGUUCAGCAUAUGAAGCAAAUUGGAAAGAUGAAGAAGCUCAAUAAGUGGGUGACUCAUGAGCUGACCAAAACCCCAAAAAACUGUCAUUUUGAAGCGUUAUCUUCUCUUAUUCUACACAACAACAACACUUCUUGAUUGGAUGGUGACAUGCGACGAAAAGCGUAUUUUAUAUGACAAGCAGUGACAACCUGCUCAGCGAUUGGACCAAGAAGAACCUCCAAAGCUCUUCCCAAAGCAAAACUUGCACCAAAAAAAGGUCAUGGGCACUGUUUGGUGAUCUGUUGCUGAUCUGAUCCAAUGUAGCUUUCUGAAUCCCAGUGAAACCAUUGCAUCUGAGAAGUAUGCUUAGGAAAUCGAUGAGGUGCCCUGAAAACUGCAACACCUGCAGCUGGCAUUGGUCAACAGAAAGAGCCCAGUUCUUCUCCACGGCAACGCUGGACCACAUGUCACACAAACAAUGCUUCAAAAGUUGAAUGAAUUAGGCUACCAAGUUUUUCCUCAUCUGCCAUAUUCACCUGAUGCCUCAUCAACUCACUACCACUUGUUCAAGUUACUUGACAACUUGUGACAGGGAAAAUGCUUCCACAGCAGCAGGAUGCAGAAAAUUCUUUCCAAGAGUUUGUCAAAUCCUAAAGCGUGGAUUCUUAUGUUACAGGAAUAAACAAACUUAUUUCUCAUUGGCAAAAAUGUUUUGGUUGCAAAGGGUCCCUAUUUUGAUUAAUAAAGUUGUAUUUGAGCCUAGGUAUAAUGAUUUCAAAUUCACAGUCCAAAACUGCAAUUACUUUUGCACCAAUCUAAUAUUUGGUUUACUCCUUAUCUGUAGUUGGAGGAUGCUAUUUGGAAGUUGCAGGCCUUUUUUCCUGCUUCCCUCAUGUCCUGGUUUUGUUAAAAACAAGUUUCUCUUUCAGUGAAUUUUGCCUGUCAGCUAAAGCCUUCAUAUUAACUGCAUUUUCCUGGAGAACCAGACACAUGUUUUGGUAAACCUAGCAAUGGAAUGCAAACUUAUUGAUAAACACGGACGGACAUCUCGUGAGAGGGGCGACGAGAAACAAGUGACCAAGAAGCUGACCAACUGUGUAUAACGUUCCAUUCACGUGAAUACUUCAUAUAAAAGUGGGAGAUCACGAGGAUCUCGUCCCUUUUUUUUCCUUAUGGCCGACAUUAGUAGAGGACCUUGCUAGUCGUCCCUGCAAACUGAGGCCUAGUGAGAGACUGAAUCCAGCUCCGGUUGGCUGCAGAGUCCAAUCCAGGACUUCAGGUACCGGCUCUGCAGUUGCUGAGACUUUCAAGAUUGGUUUUGUAUAUUUUGUAUUAUUUUCUCUAUUCUUAUUAGUAGCAUUAGUAAAACAUCUUUAAUUUUUUCCAACUCUCUUCACUCUGUGUUUCUUUUCCUCCCAAUCGCCUCUCCUUAGUGGAAAGGGGGAAGAGGGAGGGGCAAAAAGGGGGAAGUGGGGGGGAAGAGGGGGUUAACAAUACAUCUGCCAGGGUUUUAUUGUCACCCCGCAAUCUUAACCCUUGACAGAUAAUUGGCGCCCAACAUGGGGCUCAAGAAAGGGGUAAACGUGAAGAUUUUUGGCUUUUCUACUGCUCUGACAUACCUUUCAGUUUUCUUGGCACGGUGCCAACUCAUAUAGUUGUGAUACUCGGGUGUCUGUUUGCUUUGGAUAUAAAGAUGUUAUGGCAUAAGUUGUAUCAGUUAUUUUCUACAUUGUGCUCACUGAUUCCAUAUCUGUGUUGGGCUUUCUUUUUAAAUCGAAGUAUUCAUUAUAUAACAACAAGGAACUGGACAACGGUCAUGAUGAUGCUGUGUGGUUUGUCACUGGUUUAUUUCAUUAUACUGCAGCCGCUAAUGAAUUUCUACUCGCUUCUGCUUUACCUUGAAAAGCCUCCAGGAGAGAUUAAAGAGCAGUACGGCUCUGUGUUUGCUAAUUGGUUGAGCGAAUCUUUAGAAAGGCUGACCAACAAUACUUUUGGUUUUUUGCUAGGACAGUUCGCAAAUGUUUUAGAGAGCUUUGAAUAUCCUUGGAGUUUUGAUAGAACUGUGAUGGUGUUAUCUGGUUUGCUGAAUGUGUGUCAGUUUGUGCUUCUGUUAAGAGAAAUGGCGUUCAACAGGAGGUUUGCGUCUCUUUGUUGUCCUGAGAUUUGCGGUGUGUCUUCGGAAGCUUUAGCAAAAAGCACUCCGAGCCGCUCGAGAAAUAGCAAAACAGCAAAAGCUUCCGCUGCAGCCACUGCCCCCGCAAGGGCGGCUUCGCAGGCUGAAGCUACAGCUCCUCCGCAGAGUUCCUCUGCCAAGGUCGCUGCAGAUAACAUUACUUCUCCAGCCUCAAAGGCUAACAAGGCAGCCCCCCCUUCUUCACACACUGGGCACUGUUGCUGCUGUAACCACAGUAAUCACUGUGACAGUCAUUCCAACUCUGGAAAUGAAUCAAAUGAUGGUGAACCCCUAUCAGCAUCAGUUGCUGGUUGUAAGAAAGCCACUGAAGGACAAGGUGAAUCUAGUCAAUUUGCAGAAGUGAAAGCCAUCCAGCUGGCUUUGGACAUUGCUGAACGAGAGAGGUGGCCAAUACUUUAUCUCUAUACUGACUCAUGGAUGGUAGCAAAUGCCUUGUGGGGGUGGCUACAGCAAUGGAAGAAAAGCAACUGGCAGCGCAGAGGUAAACCCAUUUGGGCUGCCACACUGUGGCAAGACAUUGCUGCUCGGCUAGAGAGCCUGCCUGUGAAAGUUCGGCAUGUAGAUGCUCAAGUGCCUAAAAGUCGAGCCACCGAGGAACAUCUAAACAACCAACAAGCAGAUCAAGCUGCUAAGAUUAAAGUAGCUGAGGUGGACUUGGACUGGCAACAUAAAGGUGAACUUUUCCUAGCCCGGUGGGCCCAUGAUGCUUCAGGGCAUCAAGGUAGAGAUGCAACAUAUAAAUGGGCUCGCGAUCGAGGGGUGGAUUUAACUAUGGACACUAUUUCACAGGUUAUUCAUGAAUGUGAGACUUGUGCUGAAAUCAAACAAGCGAAACGGUUAAAGCCUGUAUGGUAUGGGGGGUGAUGGUUAAAGUAUAAGUAUGGAGAAGCUUGGCAGAUUGACUAUAUUACACUUCCACAAACACGUCAAGGUAAGCAUUAUGUACUUACAAUGGUGGAAGCAACCACUGGACGGUUGGAAACAUAUGCCGUACCUCAUGCUACAGCCCGAAAUACUAUCUUGGGCCUUGAAAAGCAAGUCCUUUGGCGACAUGGUACACCAGAAAGAAUUGAAUCAGACAACGGUACUCAUUUCAAAAACAGUAUUAUAGACAAUUGGGCCAAAAAACAUGGUAUUGAGUGCGUAUAUCAUAUUCCAUAUCAUGCACCAGCCUCUGGGAAAAUUGAAAGGUACAAUGGUUUGCUAAAAACUACACUAAAGGCACUUGGUGGUGGAACCUUUAAAAACUGGGAUUCACAUUUAGCAAAAGCCACUUCGUUGGUCAACACCAGGGGAUCAACCAAUCGAGCCGGGCCUGCCCAAUCAGAAAUUCUACGGACUGUAGAAGGAGAUAAAGUCCCUGUAGUACACAUGAAAAACAUGUUAGGAAAGGCAGUCUGGGUUACUCCUGCCUCAGGCAAAGGCAAGCCCAUUCGUGGGAUUGUUUUUGCCCAGGGACCUGGCAGCACCUGGUGGGUGAUGCUUAAGGAUGGAGAAGUUCUGUGUGUACCUCAAGGGGAUUUGAGUUUAGGUGAAAAUAUUCAAUACUGAGCUACAUGAUGUAAAUUGCCAUACUAACAGUAUUUAAUAAGUGUUUUUCAGAUCAAAACAGUGAUGAUGAAACCAGAGCUACCUUCUUCAAGUGGCGCCUGACAACUUCUUCGAAGUUGAUGUCUUUAACCUACAAACAGUGGUCAUGAGAUGCACUUGUACCAUUUUUCCUGCCCUGGGAGACUGUCAUCAAAAUGAACUUAAUGAACUUUUCAAAGGAUGGUCCACUGAUUAAUUACUCCUGUGUAUAUAUGUACACAUGUAUAUAUAUAUAUAGUAGCAGUGAUUAAUUAGAUUGCAUUGAUAGAUUGUAUUGAUAAGGUUUAAGUAUUCAGUGAAUGGCGUAUUAUAAGGGGUGGAAUGUCCUGGUUUUGUUAAAAACAAGUUUCUUUUUCAGUGAAUUUUGCCUGUCAGCUAAAGCCUUCAUAUUAACUGCAUUUUCCUGGAGAACCAGACACAUGUUUUGGUAAACCUAGCAAUGGAAUGCAAACUUAUUGAUAAACAUGGAUGGACAUCUCGCGAGAGGGGCGACGAGAAACAAGUGACCAAGAAACUGACCAACGGUGUAUAACAUUCCAUUCACGUGAAUACUUCAUAUAAAAGUGCAAGAUCACAAGGAUCUCGUCCCUUUUUUUUCUUUAUGGCCGACACUAGGAGAGGACCUUGCUAGUCGUCCCUGCAAACUGAGGCCUAGUGAGAGACUGAAUCCAGCUCCGGUUGGCUGCAGAGUCUAAUCCAGGACUUCAGGUGCUGGCUCUGCAGUUGCUGAGACUUUCAAGAUAGGUUUUGUAUAUUUUGUAUUAUUUUCUCUAUUCUUAUUAGUAGCAUUAGUAAAACACCUUUAAUUUUUUCCAACUCUCUUCUCUGUCCUUCUUUUCCUCCCAAUCGCCUCUCCUUAGUGGAAAGGGGGAAGAGGGAGGAGCAAAAAGGGGGAAGUGAGGGGGUAGAGGGGGUUAACAAUACAUCUGCCAGGGUUUUAUUGUCACCCCGCAAUCUUAACCCUCGACACCUCACUGUUGCUACUAAUAAUUAUCUGGAUCAAACAGAUGAUGUGUUUUCUCUGGAAGAAAGUAAAGAUUAAACAAAGCCUUCACACACAAAUAGAUGGAUUACUUGCACUGUGUGAGGAUGAAAACUAAGUCUCCUGCAGAACAUAAGUAGACUUUGCAACAGAUUAGCCAGAUGAUGAAUCUCAGACAAACUGGGGAAGUAUCUGUCACAUCUUUCUUGAAUAUUUUAUGUGUGACUUGUUUUCCCAGUUCAGUUCCAUAUUGCUGUCUGUGUGAACAUUUGAAGGUAAACCAAAGAAGGAUAAAAAGGAUAAAACUGGUAAUGAAGUGAUCAUGGAUGCAGACUGAAACAACAGCUUUGGAGGAGUUAAUGUACCACUUGCUGGAUGGAGGGAGCCUAAGCACUUUACUCUUCUGGAAGCAAGCCUACCGAAAAGAGAGAGGUUGUAAUGAACCAAAAAAGUGUCAAUAGAAAAAUUGACAGGCUGUGAAGAGUCACAGAGACAGUGAGAACAGGCUGCAAUCACAGCAGGCUCUUCCAACACAGAGGCAGGAAUAGCUUCUGCUGUGAGCUGCAAAGAUGUGCUUACCUUGGGGUGCAGGUGCUGCUGGGGCACUUGUCCAGGCAACUGUUGCUCACAGAAAGGAUUUCCUCAAGUGUUGACCACUGUGAGCCUCACAGAAGCUGUGGCUGACAAAUGAACUGCCAUCAGGGCUUAAAUGGAAGGAAAACAGCCAGUCAGGAAAGACAACAGCUCAAGCUGCUGCAGGUAGCCUCAUUGCUGUGCCACCAGACGUGUCCCCACUCAAAACUGCCUGCCCUCUGGUUCCCUUAUGAUGCUGUUCACUUCCACACCUCAGAUAAUCACAGCUUCCCCAUUAUCAUUAGGACACACAGGCUCCCAUUUAAACAGGAUUUACAUGUGACUGGAGGAGACAGGCAGUCAAAUAAGAAUAGUCUGAUGCAUUAAUUACCUUUGUGCUCAGACACCUUAGUUCAAAUUCUUGUUUUCAAGUACAGAUACAAGUCUUUCCAAUAUGCUGUACAAUUCUGAGUAAACCCUCAGGGGCAGCUUCCAUAAAGUAUUUUGCUAGGAAGGGUUGUUCUUUUCCAGUUUAUUUUUCUGUGUUACCACAUUUAGCUCCAACUCCUUUUGGAAUCCAAAUGGCAUAAAUCUAAGCCAGGUGUGAAGUGGCAGCACCUCCACACCCACACUCUGGCAGAGUUUGUCUCUGCUCAGAGGCACCAACAUUGAACCUCUGUGUGCUGAGGGCAGAUGCUGCCCUUCCAGGAACCUGACAUCCUGCAUCGUUCUCUGAAAGACAGCCUAGAAAACUUCAGGGAGUUUUCAAAUGUCUGUUUUUUCCUCCUUGCUAACUCUUUAGCAAACUUUCUCUUUUAUUUGGGAGUGAUCUUGAUUUGUGCAGUCUUAAGAGACACCCCUUCCACCUCCAGCACCGGGCAAACUUUUGUCAGCAGAAAGUGGCCAAGAAAUGUCAUUUUUCACUCUUGUUCAGUACUCAGAGAAUACAGAAUAGAGAGAAAGUGCAGAGGGAAGGAGAACCACUACCACAUUUCAUGUUAGAUCCAUUGCAACGCAUAAUGGAGCAAAAUUCCUGCCUGUAUCUUCUGCUGAAUUCUACAGGAUAAUAUUUUCACUUUCCCUCUUUCAACAAGACAUCAGUCUAAGCCUAUUCCCAUUGCCCACUGAAGCAAAAAAAGUAAGAAAACUCCUCUGGAUCUACAUUCUGCACUUGAAAAAAUGGAAAAAUGUUGACUGCAGGAGCUUCCAAAAUAAAGAAAAGUUGUAAAAAAAACCCUGAGAUUUUAUUUUACUAUUUUUCUUUUUCUUUUCUUUUUUAACCUUGGAAGGAAAUGAGUGAGGAAGCCAUAAUAGUAGCAAAUUAUUAGUUCACCACUCAAUCUUAUAGGUAUUUAAGGACUAGUACACAGUUAAGUUAUUACUGGGCUGAACAGAGCAACAUUCAGCAUGCUAACAAAUUACUGUAAGGUUUGGGUUUGGUUUGGUUUGGGUUUUUUUUGGUUGGUUGGUUGGUUUUGGUUUUUGGUCUUUUUAAAUGGAAGACUAAAUGGGAAAAAAAAAAAAUCUGUUUGUGUCUCAUAUUCUUGGAUAGUGCUAGAAAAGAAAUCACCCAAAGCCAGGAGAAUACUCAUUAGGAUGUACAAUAGAAAUAUGCAUCAAUAACCUCAAAAAGGAAGAGGCAAGGGUAGGCACAAGAACAACCCAGGGCAUGGAUUCAUGCAAAAGUUGUGUGCCAUGGGCAGAUAUUCUUGAGAUCAGUCUUGUAACUACCUAAGCUGCUGGUAGGGCUACAAAGAAUCCUUACACUUGCAUACAAUCAUAAUAAUGUAUUCAAAUUCAUUUGUACGUCUCAUCUUCCACUAACAACUAAGCAACUAAGGAAUUUUAAUCUCAAGAAAUUUCUAGGGUUUUUCCACUAACUCUGUGAUCUUCAUUGCUACUGUGCUUGCCCUGCACUUUUUUAUUAAUCACUAACCAUGUGUAGCGCUAUGUUAUUUAGCUUUAUCAGUCACUCUUUCUCAAUAAGUGAAAAAAAGAAAACUUGUG